AACAGACAGAAGUUGUUCAGCUCUGGCUACAGUUCUUGCUUCAGGUACCAGUCUGAAAGAGCUGAACAUGAACAAUAAUAAUCUGCAGGAUCCAGGAGUGAAGCUGCUCUGCACUGGACUGGAGAAUUUAAAGUGUGAACUGGAGAUACUGAGACUCUCUGACUGUGGUAUCACUGAAGAGGGUUAUAAAGCUCUGGCUUCAGCUCUGAGAUCUAACCCUUCACACCUGAUAGAGCUGGAUCUCACAGGAAAUGAUCCUGGACAAUCAGGAGUGAAGGAGCUCAAUGAUUUACUACAGGAUCCAAACUGUCGACUGAAGACACUGAGGUUUUUGAGUCCUGAUGCAGAAGAAGCCUGUCAGUAUGUGACUGGAGUUGUGGGUAAAAAUCCAUUACUCCUGAGAGAACUGAAUCUGAGUGAAAAUGAACUAGGAGACACACGAGUGAAUCAGAUCACUGCUCUACUGCAGGAUAAACACUGUAAACUCAACACACUACAGCUGCGUGGUUGUGGUCUAACAGAGGAAAGUUGUUCAGCUCUCGCUACAGUCCUGAGAUCAAACUCCAUUCUGAAAGAACUUGACAUGAGCAACAAUAAUCUGCAGGAUUCGGGAGUGAAGAAACUCCAGAACGGAUUAGAAGAUACAAACUGCACACUGGAGAAACUUGGACUCUCAGACUGCAGUAUCACUGAAGAAGGUUAUAAAGCUCUGGCUUCAGCUCUCCCCGCCCCAGUGCCUUUCUUCCCAGAAGUGCAUGAGGAGGUGACCAGGUCAUGGAAGGUACCUUUUUCUGCCCAAAUCCAGUUUGGUGCCUCCUCCUCCCUCACUACCUUCGAUGGUGGGGCAGCCAGGGGUUACGAGGCAAUCCCCCUGGUGGAGCGCGCAAUUGUGAUGCAAUUGUGUCCAAGGAGAGCUUCCACCUGGAGGGGUAACCCUUGUCUCCCAUCCAGGGCCUGUAAGUUCUCGUCCGUGUUUACGGCCAAGACUUAUGGUGCCACUGGACAGGCUGCCUCCGCCCUGCAUGCCAUGGCACUUCUGCAAGUAUACCAGGCCAAGGCAUUAAAGGAGUUGCACAAGGGUAGUUCUGACCCAGGGUUGAUGCAGGAGCUGCGCACGAGACAUUUAUGGCGGGACCUGUAUCCCAUGCCUGUGGCAAUGCCUAGGGUCGAUGAAUUGGUGGAACGUCUGGGGAAGGCCAGAUACCUGAGCACGUUAGACCUGUGUAAAGGUUACUGGCAGGUUAUGCCGUUUGGACUGCACGGAGAUGCAGCUACUUUUCAGCGGCUGAUGGAUCAAGUGCUCUCUGGGACUGAGGACUUUGUGGCUGCUUAUAUCGACGAUGUGGUGAUCUACAGUGCAUCCUGGAAGGAACAUCUGCAUCACUUAGCAGAGGUGUUUCAAAGGAUACAUAAUGCAGGAUUGGUGGUCAAUGCCAAAAACUGUAACUUGGCGAAACCUGAAGUUUCCUAUCUGGGCUACUUUACAGAGAAACAGUGUUUCAUCCUGACUUCAACUCUGAAAUCAAACCCAUCACACCUGAGAGAACUGGACCUGAGUGGAAAUAAAAUAGAAAACAAAGGAGUGAAGCACUUAUGUGAUCUACUGAUUGAUUUCCACUGUAAAAUGGAGAGACUGAGGUUAAGAGGCUGUGAUAUGACAGAUGAAGGAUGUUCUGCUCUGACUUCAGCUCUGAAAUCAAACCCAUCACACCUGAGAGAGCUGGACCUGAGUGAGAAUAAACUAGGAGACUCUGGAUUUGAAAACAUUAGCAAUCUACUGAAGAACCCAGAAUGCAAGCUGGAAAUACUAGCACUGUGUAAAUGCAGUAUUAAAGAGAAGCAGUGUGUCUUCCUGACUUCAGCUCUGAAAUCAAACCCAUCACACCUGAGAGAACUGGACCUCAGUGGAAAUGUACUUAAACACACAAGAGUGAAUAAAUUUUAUGAUAUACUGAAGGAAUCACGAUUUAAACUGGAAAGAUUGAGGUUAAGGUACUGUGCUAUAAAACCUGAAGAUUGUUCAGCUCUGACUUCCGCUCUGAAAUCAAAGUCAUCACACCUGAGAGAGCUGGCCUUGAGUGGGAAUGAACUUGGCCAGUUGGGAGCAACAAACCUCUGUGAUAUACUGAUGAAUCCACAAUGCAAGCUGGAAAAACUAGAUCUGUGUAGAUGCAGUAUUACAGAGAAACAGUGUCUCAUCUUGACUUCAGCUCUAAAAUCAAACCCAUCACACCUGAGAGAGCUGAACCUCAGUGUGAAUCAACUAGGAGACUCUGGAGUUGAAAACCUUGGUGUUCUGUUGGGCAGUUCAGAAUGCAAGCUGGAAAAAAUACAUCUGUGUGGGUGCAGAAUUACAGAGAAACAUUGUCUCAUCCUCACUUCAGAACUGUGUUCAAACCUUUCACACCUGAGAGAGCUGGACCUCAGUGGGAAUAAAAUAGAAAACAAAGGAGUGCAGAUCCUGUGUGACAUACUGAAUAAUUCACACUGUAAACUGGAGAGAUUGAGUCUAAAUGACUGUGGCAUUACAGAUGUUGCUUGUUUGGCUCAGACUUUGGCUGAAACAAAAGUACUGCUGUUUUUAAAAGAGCUUGAUCUGAGUAACAAUAAAAUAGGAGGCUCAAAGCAGCAGCUCAUUGAUGUGCUGCAAGACUCAAACUGUGAACUGAAGUGA